AUGUUAGCACAGCACGACGGACAACCAGCAUGUCUGAUCCGAUACGAGUUUACAAGGCGUUGGCGCAAUAAUUUUGAUGCCAGAUUUUAUUGGGAGUGCCAAGUGUGGAAUUUCCCCGCGGUGAAGCGUCAGUGUCCAUCAGGAACGCUAUUUCAGGACUCUUGGCAAACCUGUUUGCCUUCGGCCAUGUGGGUAUGGACUCCGUACAGUGAACCCCCCACGAGAGCCGGCCAAGACAAUGAAGAUCAAUGCGAACCUAUUGACACAGGAAUUUGUCCUCCACCAACGCCACCAACGGAACCCCCAACUGAAACAACAACAUCUGAUGGACCAACUAACACUACCCCUGAAAAUCCGACAGAAAGCACUCCCGACUUUACGUCAGAAAGCACUACAACUCCUGAGACAACGCAUACUCCAACACCACCACCUAUCACUACCACUCCAGAAGAGUCCACAAGCACUGAAUCCACAAAACCACCAAAAACAACGACCCCACAGGAAACUACUACAGAUAGUACAACUCCUGACACCACGCAUACUCCAACACCACCACCUAUCACUACCACUCCAGAAGAGUCCACAAGCACUGAAUCCACAAAACCCCCAAAAACAACGACCCCAGAGGAAAGCACUACAGAAAGCACUACUCCAGGUACACAAACACCCCCAGAAAAUCCUGGAACGUCCACACCAGAAGACACAACCACUGAAUCACAGACGACACACACUCCAACACCACCUCAUAUAACUACUACACCCGAAGAGUCAACAACAACACCCCCCAAAACAACCACAGAGGAGCCGCCGACGACUACUACUGAGAAGCCGCCGAAGACUACCACAGAAGAGCCGCCUACUACUACUACGGAGGAGCCAACCACGACAACUCAAAAGCCUCCGAAGACUACCACAGAAGAGCCAUCAACUACCACAGAAAAGCCACCGAAGACAACCACAGAAGAGCCAUCGACUACCACUGAGAAGCCGCCGAAGACUACCACAGAAGAGCCGCCUACUACUACUACGGAGGAGCCGACCACGACAACUGAAAAGCCUCCGAAGACUACCACAGAAGAGCCGUCAACUACCACUGAAAAGCCUCCGAAGACAACCACAGAAGAGCCAUCGACUACCACUGAAAAGCCUCCGAAGACUACCACAGAAGAGACGUCAACUACCACAGAAAAGCCACCGAAGACUACCACAGAAGAGCCAUCGACUACCACAGAAGAGCCGUCUACUACUACUGAGAAGCCCCCCAAGACUACGACAGAAAAACCUCCGAAGACAACCACAGAACAGCCGACGACGACUACUGAAAAGCCUCCGAAGACAACCACAGAAGAGCCGUCAACUACCACGGAAAAACCGCCCAAAACUACAACAGAAAAACCUCCGAAGACCACAACAGAAGAGCCAACUACAACAGAGAAGCCGCCGAAGACUACCACUGAGAAGCCUCCGAAGACCACUACAGAAGAACCGCAGACUACGACAGAGAAGCCACCCAAGACUACCACGGAAAAACCGCCCAAAACUACGACAGAAAAACCUCCGAAGACCACCACAGAAGAGCCAACUACAACAGAGAAGCCGCCGAAGACUACCACUGAGAAGCCUCCGAAGACCACUACAGAAGAACCGCAGACUACGACAGAAAAGCCACCGAAGACUACAACAGAAAAGCCUCCGAAGACUACAACAGAGAAGCCUCCAAAGACUACCACAGAAGAGCCUACCACUGAAAGUCCUGGUACUAGCCCGUCCCCGGAAUGCCCUACUUGCCCACCGAACUUAGGACUCUGCCCGGGCGCUGAACCUGAGCAAUAUGCCCCUGGGCCUUUGGACUGCGAUGUUCGCCCAGAAUGUAGACCACCUCAUCAUCGCAAUAAAUUGUAUCCGAGAAGGGACCCAACGAGCUACUUCUACUGUGGUCCUGGCAAUGGAAAUGUUAGGAUUGCUGAGUGUCGUCGCGGGGAGUGCUUCCACUACGGAAAGCAAAGCUGCGUUAAUGCAAAGAAAUGGCAAAACUAUUUCGUUAGUGCUGUGAGAGAAUAUAAACGAGAAACAAUGGUGAUUAAAGGAGCGAUAUUUUAUGUGCUGUGUUUACUGUUUCUUACGGAACAUGUUUUGUGUCAAGAUAAUCCGAACGAUGGAAGACCAGGAUGUUGGACGCGAUACGAGUUUACUCGGUUUUGGAGAAAUAGAAUAAACAAUUCCGAUUACUUCAAAUGCGUAGAGUGGGGAACGUCUCAAGUUGUAGUGUGCCCACAAGGAACACUAUUUCAAGAAUCAUGGCAGACUUGUGUCCCAGAGAAACAUUACAUCGAUCAUCCAUUUUAUGAUCCCCCAACGAGUGCAUACACCAAGGCUGAUGACGCAUGUGAAGAGAUAAUCUUUCCACCACAAUGCAAACCUAAUGAGAAUGAAUCGCCACAACCAACUGAUACAACACCGGCGUUCACGACAGAUGAUGGGGAAACAGGGACUUCACAGCCUCCAACCGACCCCCCAAUUACAACCGAAAAUCCGGGAACUACCGAAGAACCAGGAAAUCCCAGCACACUGAAUCCCACUGACUCCACACCUGAGGUGACAAAUCCUACCAGCGAGGCUCCAACCGACCCCCCAAUUACAACUGAAAAUCCGGGAACUACCGAAGAACCAGGAAAUCCCAGCACACUGAAUCCCACUGACUCCACACCUGAGGUGACAAAUCCUACCAGCGAGGCUCCAACCGACCCCCCAAUUACAACCGAAAAUCCGGGAACUACCGAAGAACCAGGAAGUCCCACUGACUCCACACCUGAGGUGACAAAUCCUACCAGCGAGGCUCCAACCGACCCCCCAAUUACAACUGAAAAUCCGGGAACUACCGAAGAACCAGGAAAUCCCAGCACACUGAAUCCCACUGACUCCACACCUGAGGUGACAAAUCCUACCAGCGAGGCUCCAACCGACCCCCCAAUUACAACCGAAAAUCCGGGAACUACCGAAGAACCAGGAAGUCCCACUGACUCCACACCUGAGGUGACAAAUCCUACCAGCGAGGCUCCAACCGACCCCCCAAUCACAACCGAAAAUCCGGGAGAAGAACCA